AUGCCUCGCGGUCCUAAGCUUGAACCAUAUAUACGCGAGCGUAUAUAUGAGUUAAAACGAUCAGCAAAAUGGGGUGCAAAACGUAUCCAGAAGAAUACGUUCCCUGAUAUUCCUCGUUCUACUAUCCACUAUACCCUCCGCGUUCAAAAGGUAUUUCCCUACCUCGCUCUGGCGCACCUCGUAAGCUUACUGCGAAGGACCGAGACCGUAUAUAUAAUACAAUUUAAAACCGCCCUGAUAUUACCCGCGAGGAUCUGCUUACUAAGGCCUCCGGAAGUGGCGAAAGAUAAACCGACCUUACCUUAUACCUAUUUACGCUACGAAAUAUCUUACCUAGGCUUUAGCUUAUCGCUAUUUUAUACUAGAGGACUAAAAAAAGGGUUUUUUGGUCGGAUAAAAUAA